UACUUAUAUAGUAGAAAAGUGGAGAAUUGGAGAUGCACUGUGCACUGUGGGCAAACAACAUCAUAAACGUAAAUAAGUGGAAAAUGGAAGAGCAAACUUUUAAAUUUCCAUUCCCUCCUUAUGAUAUCCAGAAUGAUUUUAUGAAGUCUCUGUAUGAAUGUCUAGAUAAAGGUAAUUUGGGGAUAUUCGAGAGUCCAACUGGAACUGGAAAAACAAUGUCAAUAAUAUGCGGCACACUGCAAUGGUUACAUGAUCAUGAAAAGAAAAAGGAGAAGGAUCUUCGAGAGAUGAUGAAAGAAUUAGACGAUAAAUUAGAAAAGAUUGAGAAGGAAUCCACUGGAAAUUGGAUCGAUGAUUACUCCAAGCAAAUGAUUGUUAAUCAAGAGAAAAGAGUUGUUCAAGAAAAAUUGGAGACAAUUGCAUAUCAUUUAAAGAGGAAAGAAUCAAUGAGAAAAAAAGUAACAGAGUGUAAACUGGAAUCUAAAAACAACAGGAAGAAAAUUUUCAAGUUACAGAAGAUAAAUGUUGAUAGAGGGAUGAGUGAAAAUGAUUUGGACGGACCUGAAACCAGCAAGACUAAUGAUAAUGAUAAUCAUUAUGAUGAUUAUGAACUAUUAUUAGAUGAGCAGGAGAUCAAACCCGAUAAUUCUGAUGAUGAUGAUGAGGAGGAGAAUAAUGCAGAAAAGAAGUGUAUAACGCAGUUUUUCCUGUGUUCGAGAACUCAUUCUCAACUCAGUCAGUUUAUUGGAGAAUUUAAGAACAGCCCCUAUUCUGGAUUGUUUUCUCUAGUGCCCAUAGGCUCCAGACAAAAUUAUUGUGUGAACGCAGCUGUAAAACAACUCGGCAAUGUUGAUCUAAUAAAUGAAAAAUGUAUGGAGCUGCAAAGGUCGAAGAAAACGACUUCAAAAAAAGAAAAAGACGUCAAACGAUUGAAAACAAAAAACAGUUGUUGCCCUUACAAUCCUGGAGAUCAGAAUUUAUUAGUUGCUAGCAUUGUAACAAAGAUUCAAGACAUUGAGGAAAUAGUAGAAACAGCCAAAGAAAUCGAAACCUGUCCUUAUUACGCCUCCAGAAAAUCUCUACAAGAUGGGCAAGUGAUAGUACUUCCUUAUAAUAGUAUUCUACAUAAAAAUACAAGAAUAAGCUCGGGCAUUAAUUUGAAAAAUAAUGUGAUAAUUAUUGAUGAAGCGCAUAAUCUACUGGAGGCAAUUGAGAGAAUGCACAGUACUACUAUCACUGGACGGAAUAUUUUGCAUUGUUAUAAUCAGUUGACGAAGUAUCAGAAAAGAUUCGAAAAUCUCUUCUCAGCAAAAAGCGUUUUGUAUUUGAAUCAAUUGAGUUUCUGCUUGAAAAAGCUGUUAAAAAUGCUAGGGGGUAGCAUCAGAUGUCUAGAGACAGAUAAAAUCGAAAAUAAUCAAGAAGCCAAAGUUUACACGCUCCAGAACUUUGAAACAACGACGGAGAUUGACAGUGUUAACAUGUUCGAGCUUAUAACGUUCAUACACAGCUCUAAACUGGCUCAUAAACUUCAAGGAUAUUUAGAAAAGCACAGCGAAGAUUUAAAAAUUCACUCAACUCCGGUUGCAAAUAAAAACAACCAAAAGGGAAUUACAGCAUUCCUCAAUCUGUUGACGAACCAACCAACAGUUAAUGAUACCACUGAAAAUAUGUCAGAAUUAAAAGACAAUGCUACUAAUGAAAAUAUUUCAAAGAAUUCAUUAUUAAAAAUUGUUGGAUUUCUGGAAUCUCUGAAAAGUUGCUGCACUGACGGAAGAAUUUUUGUUAUUCCCGGGGCGACUCUUGGACAAGGCGUUAUCAAAUUUUUAUUGAUGAAUCCUGCAGCUCAUUUUCAUGAUAUUGUGAAAGAAGCACGGUCGAUCAUUCUGGCAGGGGGAACUAUGGAGCCAAUAUCGGAAUUUCGCGACCAACUCUUCAUGGAAGCUGGAGCACCAUUAGAAAGGAUAACAAUAUUUUCUUGCGAUCACGUUGUCCCCAAAGAGAACAUAAUAACGAGAGUACUUACAAAGGGUCCCAACAACAUACCUUUUGAGUUCAACUACCAGAAUCGCGACAAUAAAAAAUUAUUGGAUGAAGUAGGGCGAACUCUAACAAAUCUAACAAACAUUGUCCCGGGAGGAAUUGUAGUAUUCCUUCCCUCGUACAAGUAUGAGGAGACUCUCUAUAAGCAUUUAGACUCAACAGGAAUAAUUGAAAAAAUUAGCCUGAAGAAAGAAGUAUUCAGAGAGCCAAAAUCUUCUAGAGUGGUGAGCUCUGUAUUGGAAAAUUACUCAAAGUCAAUUAGAGAUAGGAAAGGCUCGCAAAGCGGCUCUUUACUUUUCAGUGUGGUAGGAGGGAAGCUCAGUGAAGGUUUAAACUUCUCAGACGAUCUAGGCCGAUGUAUUAUCGUGAUUGGCAUGCCUUACCCAAAUAUCAAAUCUCCUGAGCUCCAAGAAAAAAUUAAAUAUCUAAACGAGAAUGUUAGAGCUGGGGCUGGCAAUGAAUAUUACGAAAAUAGUUGCAUGAAAGCGGUCAAUCAAUGUAUUGGACGAGCUGUCAGACACAUUAAUGAUUACGCCACAGUCAUUUUGAUGGACAAGAGGUACGUUAACAAAUAUAAAGCUCUUCCUGGAUGGAUCCAGAAGACUUUGAAGAAUAAUACUGAGUUUGGCAUGACCAUUGGAGAUGUUGCAAGGUUUUUUGCAGCUAAAAGAAAAAAUUCUAAAUGAUUUAUUUUAUAUCUUUGUGG